UGCAUUGAGUGACAGUUGCCGCAGUGAGGCCCGUGUGUUGAGAUGUAGCGGUUGAGCUCUACAACAACGCGUGUCAGUUCAACUCGCGUCCCUAUAUACUUGGUUGCAGCGCAAGGAAUUUACUACAAGCAUAUUGUGUGUCUGACUGUCAAGUGCGAUCUGUCAACAUGUCUUGGAUCUGUUUCCUGGCUGUGAUCGUGUGUUGCCAGGUCAUGGUGCAAUGUGCUUGUGAGAAAGAUGAAUAUGACUUAAAUGGACAACAGUGUUGUACAAGAUGCCCGGCAGGGUCCGGGGCUACUCAGCAAUGUACUGUUGUAAAUAACACCUCAUGUGAACAGUGUGCAGAGGGAAGUACCUAUUCACCACACCGAAGUCACUCUCAGCCUUGUCUGAACUGCACCAAGUGCCCAAAGGAUGCAUUUGUGAAAUCACCAUGCAAUACUACUCAUGACACUGUGUGCGAAUGUGCAUCAGAAUAUUUCUUUUCUUUAGACACUGGAGAGUGUAAGGCUUGUGAAAUUUGCCCAGGAGGCUGGGGAAUCUCAGUGCAGUGCAGCCUUAACCAGAAUUCAGUGUGUGACUCUUGUCCAAAUGGAACAUUUGCUCGUGAAAUCAGUUUCACUGAAAAAUGUCAACCAUGCACAGUUUGCUCCAGUGACCAGAAGAUGCUGCAGACAUGCUCGCCAUCCCAGGAUACAAUAUGUCUAAGUGUACCUAUCUACAGCACAAACCCAGGGGGUAAAUAUCACAUCCCUAAUGAGCACACCAUCCAGAAAGAACACAAGCCUCGGGAAAAGGAUAUUGAUAUCAUUCCCUUAUACUGUGCAAUUCUUGGAGCUGUGGUGGUUGGACUUCUGGGAUACGUUAUUCUUGUUCACUAUCGCAGAAUGAAGGAAAAGCGUCUUGUACGAGAGCCUCAUGAGGAUGUUGAAUACUCUAAAGCUUCAGGUGGAGACAGUGGGAUUUAUGUGGAAGUUGAACAUCAGCAAAAGGGAACUAAUUGUGCCAUUGUAACAUGUGCAACUAGGAUACGAGACCUGCCACAAGCUAAGAAAAGGGAACUGGAGCGGUGUUUCUCUCAGAGUGCAAGUCAAACAGAAUGGAGAGGGCUUGCGAAGGAAAUAGGAUUCAACAGUAGAAAAAUAUCUGGCUUUGAAUCCAAGUCAAAGCAAGAUUCUGUUAUUCCAAUGCGACACAUGAUUCAAGAAUGGAGCAAAAGUGAUGCAGCAACAGUGGGUGUUUUGAUCCAAGCUCUGAAAAAUAUUGGUCGUCUUGAUGUUUUACGAAGCAUGCACAUCGCAGAUUCCACUGAACUCCAACCAUUGAAUAUGAACAAUCCUCAGCAUUUUGUGUUAUAGCUGGAAACAUGGGGGAUGUUUGCAAUAUCAUCAAGAUCUCUUCUGGACCUGUGCUGCUUGGACAUUUUGUCAGUUCAAAGGAGAUCAGUUCAUAACAGAUAACAAUGAGAGUCAGAUUGCUGUAUUGAAGCUUCAUCGCAUUUAGCAUAAAUAAUCUUUUUCUAUUUGAGACUGUGAAGCUAUCAUGUCCCUUUUUGUUAAUGAUUUGCAUAUUAUUAGUGAUGUUGCUCAUUAAUAGGGUUUUCCUUUGCCAACACUUAUUUUUACAAUUAUCUGUAUGGUUUUCUUACCCAGGUGCAUAAUUUUGAUAUCUCUUUUCAGUGGUAGGUGAACAAAUUAUUCAGUUCAAAGUAAGUUUUAAAAAAGUAAUUGUUAACUAAAUUCACAUGGUACUUCUAAUAUAUGUAAACUGAUAGUGACGUUCUCUGAUAUGAACUGAUCUGUUAUGAAGAUAAUGUAUUCAUAUAUGUGAUAUCUUACCACUGGAAUAUAAUUCCAUUAUGUGACAUUUGUUGUGCUGAAUACAACUUGGACUUAGACAAUACUUGUCAAAGAAGACACCUGCGUGUCUGAAAAAAAACACUUGUCAAGGAGGGACAAGACUGAAUGGAACAACGUUGUGAUAACAGAAUUAUACAGUGACAGCUGUGUGAAAUACGAUGUAUAUAUCAUUGUCGUUAUGUCUUCAUGUAGUAACAUAGUUAUCUCGUGUUGACAAAAGUUUGCCUUUAAAAAAGGACAUUUUCACAUUUCAGCAUAUGGCACCAACAUCUUGAAUUACAGAACUUCGUGACUUGCAUUCUUUGGAUUAAUGUGAAUGUUACAUGAAUCUCAUCAGUGUGAUGACAUUUUUCGUCAAGACUUUGUGAUAUAGCGACAUUGAGAUUGAUGUAAAUAUUUCAAAACAUUUCUGUGUGGGAAUAUUGUCAUUGCUUGUGAUGUCAUUUUGACAUGCAUGGAUACUUAUUGACAUCAUAUUCUUUGCGAUGUCUGUAUAAAUGUGGCAAUAUGUCACUGUUUGAUGAGAAUGAGGUUUGAUAUAUAUGAUAUCCAUACAUGUGAUAUGAACAGACGUUCAUUUCACCUUUCAUCUUCUCAUUACUGUUACCACAACAGGAUGCAAUCAGUCAUUCCUUCAUUCUAUUCACACGUUUACUGGUAGGAAGAGAAUUUCAAAAAUGUUCUCAGAAUCUGUGUGCCUUUCAAAGUUAUCCAAUUGUUCAAAAUAUACAAUCAAUAUUCUUCUUUUACCUUUGAUUUUGUUGAGGUCCUUUUAAUUGUAAAUGUUAUAAAAAUGAAUUUACAGCAUAUAAGUUAGAGAUUUUGAGAUAAUGUUUACACAUUAUUGGUCCCUUUAUCUCAGAAAAAAGCUGCAUAUUUUCAUCCAAUAAGGAUUAAAAGUCUGCCAGUAGUGUCUUCCUGUGACAUUAAAUAAUUGUUUGUACCUUGCUGUCUCAUCUGUCACUGUCUGUGUGUAUAUAUCUAUCUCCCAGUAACUUUGAUAUUGGCGUCGAGGCACAUGUAUGGACAUGAUAGGAUAUCAAAUCAUUGUCAAGACAUAAUCUGUUUUAAUAACACAAGGGUAUUUCUUGUUACACAGCACACAUUGUUCAAAGUCAUUCUCAUGUGAGUUACUGUAAAGAAUAUUCAGCCAAGAGUGAUCUUCCAGUUCAAAUGGGGCUAAAUAUGUGCAUCUUCAUGACAAAAUGCAAUGUUGUUGAUUACACUGUUUUCUCAGGUGGAUUCAAAUCAAAGUUGAUAUAGGAAUGAAGAUAAGCUGUAAGUAGCUAUUUCAAGAUCAAAGGCUGUGUCUUAUGCUCAAAGAUUGGUUUACACUCAAGGGUUCAGUAAUCAAAUUCGCAGCAAUUUGAAUCUUUAAUUUCUCUCAGGUACCAUGUCAUAAGACUCAACAAUUAAAGAAAGUUUAAUGAAAAUGCAAUGAUUAUAAACAGUGGAGUGCCUGAAUACAAGUGUUUUGAGCUUAGGUUGUACCUUAGCAAUUAUUGUCAAAUGUCAAGGUAUUUAGACUAAUAGCACAAUGAUUAUUCAAGCUGACCUGGGGCAGAUGUCAGUUGUUUUUGUAUGUUAUUUUCUAUAAUAACAAAAAACAUGUUAUCAUUGAUACAUUGACAAUGCUCGUUUUAUGAAUCAAACCCUUUUAUAUUUGUUUCAAGCAUUUACAACUAUUUUGAGAAUGUGUUUAACAAGAUACCCUAAACUGGACGUCAUGACAUUGUUUAUAGUGACUCAUUGUAUUACACCAUUUUUCAGAAGGAAUAUUUAUGUAUUUGAUUAUUAUAAUGGAUUGUAUGAGAUAAUAAAAUCCUCAUCAUAAA